AUGCGUUCUAUCCUUGUCAUCCUCUUGCUUCUUGCUCUCUUUGCUCAAACAACUGAAGCUGCGAAGUUCGGUUCGAGACACUUCCAACCAAAAUACUUCCGUUACCGUCGUUGGGAUCCAACUCACGACUUCUAUGAUGACUAUGAGUUCACUCGCGAAGUUCGUCGUCCAUUCCAUCCGAUGGCAUAUCGACAACGUCUUCAACGCUAA